AUGUAUCUCUUUGUUCUUCUACUCUCAUUCCUCCACCUUGGAAAUGCCCUUCUCCUGCCAAACCCCAGUGGCCCAUACCCCGUCGCCCUCAAGAUCAACACCAUGACGGAUAACCACCGCAUUGACCCAUAUGCGCCGAAUCACCAAAAGCGACGCAUUCUCACCUCCAUCUUCUGGCCCGUCGACUCCAAGUCCUGCUCGAGCAAGCGCGUUCCUUACAUGCCCCCUGCCACAGCGGCUGCAUACGGAGCUCAGGCUGCCCAGUUGGGUCUCUCGAACGAUACCUUCAGUGUCCUCGAGAUGGAGGUGUGCAGCGUUUCAAAGACCCCAGCUUGUCAAACUGGUAGUGGUCAUAAGGAGACCAAGUUCCCACUCGCCGUCUUUUCUCCUGGAUCUGGAAACUCUCGACUUCAGUAUAGCGCCAUGGCCAGGUCUCUCGCUAGCUAUGGUUACGUGGUGGUUUUGGUCGAUCAUACCUACGACGCAGCUAUUGUCGAGUUUCCUGAUGGAACCAUCAUUGCUGGAGGCAACAUUCCCGAAGAUGAAAAGAACCUCGAAAAGGCGACUCAGGUUCGAGCUGCCGACAUCUCUUUUGUCAUUUCUCAAGUCGAAAAGUCUUCUUUCCAGAACAAGAUCUUCAAGGGCCUGCCUGGAAAGGUCGAUACCAAGAAGACUGUUGCCCUUGGCCACUCCCUAGGCGGUGCCAGCGCCGCAGCUGCCGUCCUCUCAGACUCGAGGAUCAAGGGUGGAAUGAACCUCGACGGACGUCUCUUCAACCCUGUUCUCAGUAAGGGACUGAACAAGCCCUUUAUGCAGCUCGGUCGACCCAGCCAUCGCUCCGAGGACACCACUUGGGUCAAGUUCUGGAACAAGCUCACAGGUCCCAAGGUUGAGCUUGCUAUUGCUGGCACGAUCCAUGGUUCUUACCUCGAUACUGCUCUGGUUCUCAAGACGUUGGGUCUGCCUAAAGAAAUCAUGAAACAGACGGUGCCUAUUGUUGGAAGUGUGGAUGGAGAGGUUUUGCAAAAGACCGUCUCCGAGCUUCUGUCUGCCUUUAUCACUUACACGUUUGCCAGCUGUGAUAGAGGUCCUCGCAGUGAACUCGUUCAUGUUAUAGAUGGGGAGGUGUGA